AUGGGGCUCACAGGCCGGGCAACAGCGCUCCUAUUGGAGAAGUGCCGGGAGGAGAAUCCCUUGGUGCAGUGUAUCACCAACUUUGUGAGCAUGGAUCUGAUGGCCAACACCCUGCUCGCUGCAGGGGCUUCGCCGGCCAUGGCUCACUCGAUCAGCGAGGUUGAGUCGUUCGUGGAGCUGGCCUCUGCCCUGCUGGUGAACGUCGGGACACUGUCCGAGGACUGGGCAGGCGGCAUGAAACUGGCCGCCUUGACUGCAGGGCGCCUGAGAAAGCCAUGGGUCCUGGACCCCGUCGCGUGCGGGGCCACCCCUGCCAGAACUUCGCUGUGCAAGGAUCUGAUGGCACUGGGCCCAACUGUGAUUCGCGGAAAUGCCUCUGAGAUCAUGGCCCUGGCAAGCUUGGGCGGCGAACGCACACGCGGCGUGGACAGCAGCCACCCCUCUGAGGCCGCCGCCCCGAUGGCCCGUGCCCUUGCGGCCCGCCAGGGUUGCAUAGUGGCUGUGAGCGGGGCAGUGGAUGUCGUCACCGACGGCACCCGCACCCUCCUGGUCGGGAAUGGACACCCCCUCCUGCAAAAAGUCACGGCGACGGGAUGCUCCGUGACGGCCCUCAUCGCGGCAUUCGUGGCCGUGGCAGGCCCUGAGCAAGCCCUGGAAGCAACGGCGCACGCUCUGGCCUACUUUGGAGUGGCUGCUGAGCGGGCCGCAGUGGACGAGGCAGGGCAGGUCAGGGGCCCAGGCUCGUUUCGCGUGAAGCUCCUGGAUGAACUGGACCUCCUGUGCGCCGCACAGCUCGUUCAUGCCAGCAGGAUAGGGCGCAGCACCUGA